AUGGUGAAGGUCAUUCGCAAGUGGUACCAACAAAGUUUCUCCAAUGCGAAUUUUCCUCUUGCCCUUGAGCUGGUUCUAAUGGAUGUAAUGGGGAACAAGAUCCAUGCAACAAUCAAGAAGACUUUGAUCAUGUACAAGUUUGAGAAGUCCUUGGUUGAGGGUAGCAUUUAUAGCAUAUGUGGGUUCGUCUUGGUUGACAACAUCGGUGACUACAGAACCACAAGGCAUCAUCAAGGACUUCUCAUGUUUAGUCAAGGACAAUUUGUCAGCUCAUCAACAUACGCUCCAAAUCAAGGACUUCUCAUGUUCAACACCGGUGACUACAGAACCACAAGGCAUCACUAUAAUGUGUUUCCUUACACAUUUCUUUCACCAGCUGACAUUUUAUCUCCUACUAACGACUCAAACUAUUUGGUUGAUGUCAUUGGCAUUCUUACUGGUGUUGGUGUUGAGAGGGAUAUUGUGACACAUGGAAAGAGAUCGAAAAUGACUGUUGUUGAGAUUGAGUCUGUUGUGUCGUAUGUUGAUGAGCUGACAAAUUUCCUUGUUGGUGGUGACGUGAACAACCCUGUCAUUAUAGUACAAUUUGCGAAGGUCAAAACAUUUCAGGGGAACAUUAGUUUGCAAAAUGUGCAUGAGGCUACUAAGAUUCUUUUUUAUCCUGAUGUGCCAAUGGAAAAUGUGUUGAAGACUAGCAUCGCGCAGGACAUCCGUCCUAUCAGGGAACCUGAAUUACAGUUACAAUCUCCAACCACUAGGAUUAUGAAUAAGAAAAAGAUGCAGGGGAUGAAUACCUUUAAAAGUGUGGAGGCUGCACAUGCUUUAAUUAAAUAG